AUGUCCGGCCAAAUCACCAUUUACUCGCCCUGGUACGAUAAUGAGAGGAAACUCAAGGACCCGAAACCUCGCCUGGAGUGGGGCGAAGUCUCAGAGUGGGAGGAGGCAAAUCUCUGCAACAAGAUAACCAUCUUCGACUUGCCCCUCGAGUGCCCCUUUCCUCUCACCAACAGACGAAAUGCUUGCGCCUUGAUCGACAAUUUCAUAGAAGUCGUCAGUUACCACAGGGAACUAUUUCACUACUGGAACAGGCGCGCCAUCAAGUACUUUAUCUGGCGUGAGAUGUUCGUCAUCAGGAACAACGACGAGUGGAAAGAUUACAGGAACCACCCCCUUUACAAGCACCGUGACGUGUUCUGGCGUUUGGCGAAAAAGCAAUUCAGGGAUGCAAUGGGGCUUGGAACCGCUUUGUUGUUUAUCCUCCACGGACUCUACACCAACGACUGGGAACUCGAGUUCCUCUUGAAGGGACAACAGAAACUCAUCGAUACAUACAACAUGUGCAAUGCCAAUAUGACGCUGUGGAACAGGGACAAAAUGCUCGACAUUCUGUUCACUGAGUGUGAAUGGCUAAAGGACACGCUCCUCGAAGCGCACAUGAAGGAGAAGAAGGAGAUGGAUGAAGAGUGGGAGCACAGACAAACAAAGACACUAGAAGAAAUGGAGGUUUUUAUCGAGGAGUUACCAGAGCCUAUGGACGAGGAUGAAGAAGAAGAAGAAGAAGAAGAAGAAGAAGAAGAAGAAGAAGAAGAAGAAGAAGAAGAAGAAGAAGAAGAAGAAGAAGAAGAAGAAGAUAAUGACAAUGCUCAAGGGAACGCUCAGAACAACGCUCAAGGUAUCAACCAAGGUCUCGAGGUAUCAGACAAUGUUGUCACGAGGGCCGAUUUAAACCAACGGGACGGCCAAACUUUCGCCCAAGAGCUCGAGAAAGAAAACCAAAAGAUAGAAAAGGAUCUCCAGGAAUGGUACGCUCAAUGCUACGCCCAUGGUCUCAAUGAAAGUCUCGUACAAAGCAUGGCUCAAAUACGCAAACUUAACCUGGAGGACGCUCAGUGGGUGGCUGGGCUUCACGCUAAACGUCUCGCUCAACGUCGCUUUCAGGAUAACAACGAAAGAGAAGCUCGAAUUCUUGUUCAAAAGAGAUUCCAACAACGUAGUCAACGUCAGGCUCAAAUUCACGAUCAAAUCCGAGCUCAACGUCACGCUCAGGGUCGCCCUCGGGGUCGCCUUCUUCGCCCUCAGGAUGAAACCCUGGGUAUUGAUCGAAAUAACACUCAACGUAUUGUUCAAUAUUUCGAUCGGGAAACCCUCCAAAAUACAAUUCGGAAUCUCCCCCCGGGAAACACUGAAGAUAGCGUUCAAGCUUUCAUGAGAGGCGUCUAUCAAGAGCUUGUCCAAGGCAUGGCACGAAACAGGGCUCAUUAUGUGCGCACUCAACGCCGCGCUCAUCGCACCGUACAGAGGACCGUUCGAGAGACCACAAAAAACGCCGGCAAGGAGAACGGUCAAGAGGGAACCCAGAAAAGCCUCCAAGAUUUCACUGCAACGGCGCCUCGUAGUCAACGAACAGACUCGCAGGCUCCUGUAAAGCCAGUCAGUACUGCCGUUCCACCUUUAGGCCCACAUCCUACUCUUCCAUCGAGGCCAGUCGACGAUGAUGAGGAUAUCUAUGGUUAUAGUGGCGACGAGGCUGGCAAUAUCAAAAAGAAAUAG